AUGCCUGCCACAACAGCAGAGACACUUUCUUUGGUGAACCGUCAAGUAUCAGUUGCACCUCUCGUACUCCUGUCAGCAGCCGAUCACUAUGGCAGGUCAGCAAAAGGAACAAGGAAAAGGGUUGUUGGUGUGCUUCUAGGACAAAAUGAUGGCAAGAAUGUCCGGGUAUCAAACAGUUUCGCAGUUCCCUUCGAGGAAGACGAGAAGGAUCCGUCCGUAUGGUUCCUGGACCACAACUACGUCGAGUCGAUGCGAGAAAUGUUCAAGAAGGUCAACGCCAGAGAAAAGCUGAUCGGCUGGUAUCAUUCCGGGCCAAAGCUACGAGCCUCUGACCUCGAAGUCAACGAGCUAUUCAAGAGAUAUACACCCAACCCUCUACUGGUCAUCAUUGACGUGCAGCCGAAAGAGAUCGGGGUUCCAACCGACGCAUAUUUCGCGAUCGAGGAAAUCAAGGACGACGGCACAACCACAACCAAGACCUUUGUCCAUACCCCAUCUAUGAUCGAAGCAGAGGAAGCUGAAGAGAUCGGAGUCGAACACUUGCUCAGAGAUAUCCGAGAUGUCGCAGUCGGCACGCUAUCCGCCCGCAUCACCCAACAACUACAAUCUUUGCAGGGCCUCCACCUGCGGUUAAGGGAUAUCGGCACAUAUCUAGAAAAAGUCCUCGAUAACGAAUUGCCCGUCAAUCAUGCCAUCCUGGGCAACCUCCAAGAUAUCUUCAAUCUCCUGCCAAAUCUAACCACUCCACCGGCCUCUCGACCCAAUGGCAAGAACCAGAUCGAGAAUAGUGAGCUCGCUCGUUCCAUGAGUGUCAAGACGAACGAUCAGCUCAUGACGAUUUAUUUGAGCUCUCUCGUCCGAGCAAUCACCGCUUUCCAUGACUUGAUCGACAACAAGAACAAGAACAGACAGCAAGCGGAAGAGAAGGAAGCCAAUAAGGAGGAUGGUGAAAAGAAGGAGGGCGAAAAGGAGAAAGAUGAGAAGAAAGCUGGUGUGAAUGGCACUGUGAGCAGCGACAAGAAGGAAGCUGAAGACAGCGAAAAGGGCAAGGGAAAGAAGAAAAGCUAGAAAAGACCAUGCGACCGUGAAGCAUCGCAGUUCCGGCAUUUAGCAUUGGCGUUGGGAUGGAAAUGAUGUGCCAGGCCAUUCAGAUUACCUCACAUGCAUUAUCGCACAGAGAUGAUCGUCCCUGUACAAUACAAUGACAGUAAAAUGGACACAGUCUGUGUUGGGUGUUCCCGCUUCUUCUAGCCCUUUAUUUUCUCCCAUACAUCUAUGCCCUAUACACUCCCAAUCCAACUCAAACACUUCUGCCGCCGGAGCAUGCAGUGAGCGGAGUGAGCCCCCUGACCAU